UGGUUCACGGUUGCUUGUUGACACUGCAACUACAGGUAUUGUUUUUAUUUCACUGAACCAUUGAAAGGGAGGUUCUAGCUACAGAUUUCUUGGAAAUUAAAGCAGUUGUAUUGAAUUUCUCUGAAAUUGAUGCGACAUGGCCUCGUACUUUGAAGAAGAAGACCUUUACUAUAAAUAUGAAGUUCUCGAGAAAGUCUGGACUGAAAAUCUGUGGUAUAACCACAGAGCAAGGCACGGCAGAGCUAAGGACUAUUUUCGCAACUUCGCGAGGAAUCAUCCUGGAUUUGAAAUGACAAUAGGAAUAAAGAAAUGAAGUUCUUGUGUUUUGACCUCGAAGUCUACGACAGAGAUUGGAAUACAAUGUUAGAGAUUGGAUACGUAGAGUUCACCUUGAAGGAAGGCGACCGGCCCGAGUAUUUUCACGCUGUCGUCAAUGACAAAAUCCGCAACAGAAAAGGCUUUGAUAACAAAGAGAAAUUCAAGUUUGGCACGACAGUGCGCAUGCCCUUGAAAGAUGCCGGUGAAGAGCUGAAGAGAGCAAUCGCGGGCUCAGAUGCACUUGUAACCCACUCUGGGCAUAACGACGAGAGGUAUUUAGCUGAAAAUGGCAUUGUGAUCGAAAACAAACCCUUGUUUGAUACUCAGGUAUUGGGUUUGAAUCUUCUUCCAACGGGGCCGAAAAAACCGACAACCUGGAGUUUGAAGAGGAUUCUAGAAGAGACGCACAUCUUGCACGAUGAGAGCAUUCUCCACAAUGCAGGCAACGAUGCUCACUACACUAUGAUGGCUUUCAAAGCACUCGUCAAGCGAGCCAUGCCUUCCACUCGCUUCUAAAUGACCUCAUAGUUCAUGACGCAAUAGAUGACGCCACUUACUAUUGAUCAAAUGAAUGACACCAUUAUUUACGUUUCAAAUAACAUCACUAUAAUUGCUCACACUAGUUUUUAGCUAGUUAUCUCUUCUUUUAAUUCAUCACACUUAAUUACGUCACCAUACUCUAUGACGUAUGGUAUGAUGUAACAUAGUUAACAAUGUUUCACGUGACGCUCCUAAGUCCCUGUUUACAUUAGGUAAGUUAUUGCUAGGUAUUCGCUUUCUCCAUGUUAACGGACCCUGGAUGAUGUCAUUAUGACGUGUCAUAUGACGUCAUGUAAAAGGACCCUGGAUGAUGUCAUAAUGACGUGUCAUAUGACGUCAAUGUAAACGGACCCUGGAUGAUGUGAUUAUGACGUGUCAUAUGACGUCAAUUUAGGCUGAUGGCGUAGUUGAUUAAUGGUUUUUUAAUCUUAAUUUUUGGUUUAUUUUUAUUUUUUGUAGAAAAAAUCUUUAUAAAAGGUAUAAAGUACGCACGUUUAAGUAAAUGCGUUUCUUUAAACAUAGUUGCUUUUUGUGCCAUGCAUGCUUUGUAAACUGAUUCUAUUCUAAAUCCUGAUUGGAUUUCCUAUUUUACUGAAGGGAUUGCUUCAGACGUUUAUCAAAAAAAAGUAAUAAUACUCAAGGGAAUGACAUCAUGUAGAAAGACAUCAUCAUUUAGCACAAAAUCAAAUAAACGCAAGACAUGGUCGUCA